AGAGGUUGGAUCUGGGUAGCUGAAGUGGCCGUAGGUGAAAGUUGUGUUCAGCAAUCGUGCCUCCGGUGCGAUGAGAAAGCCUUUUUUGAAAAGGCAGAGUCCAUAGGAUAGAAAAAAACAAACUUUCGACAACGCACUGGGUUUUAUGGCCUCUUCAUAGGUUAAGAAAAGGAACACAACGAAUACAUUCCUUGAUGCUGUGCAUGUGUGUGUGUAGUUGAAUGUAGCUGGAUCGUUUCCUUAUCGCACCCGGUAGAAAAAUAGCAUAAACGAUGUCCUUCAAGGAUCUGGUGGAGCCGGAAUGUGGUGGGGCGAAUCCACUCAUGAAUCUGGGCCGUCAGAUACGGCGGGAUGUCGCAUUCCAGGACGAAGGUUUGGCCGGUGGCUCGCGAAGGGCGUUCGCACCUGGCACCGACCGUGAGCUAGUAAACGAGUUCAUGGGACAGAUUGCUCCUGCCCCGCAAUCCUUCCGGAUGGAUGUGCUGCUAAAGGAGAUGCGUGAAAUCGAUGCGCAAAAUUUUCACCGCCAGCAGCAGAUCGUACCCGGACCGGGCGUCAUCGAUACCGUGGCCAGCGGUGUCGGUCCGUGGGCGGAAGAAUACAGAGCGGAAGUAGCGGCAGCGCGUGGCGAAAGCAAACUUUCGAGCAUCUGGUCACAGACACAGCUAAUGCCGAUUCAGGGAGCAGUAAACGCGGGACCUAAUAAUAUACUCUACACGAAGGAUUUUUUCGAUGCGCACGAACCGACAAACGAACUGGAGCGUAGUUCGAUUCGACAGGCAGCCGGUGAGAUUGCCCACGUAGCUUACGGCCACAAUUCCGAGCGGCUGCACCAGAGUGAGUUUUUACGCUUUAUGCGCAACGUUGGCGCGGGAAACAUUCGCAUUCAUGGGGGCCAGGUUUCCAGUAGUGUCUGGGAGAACCGAUUCGACGAGCUGGAAGCGAGCUCGUCCAGAGGUAAAGUGGAGCAACAGGCAACGGAACCAGUGUCACUUACCGGCCAGGAAGAGACACCACGUGUGGUGGAAGAGGCUCAAGAAGAAGACUGGGCCAAGGCGUUCGAAGCGGAUCGAAAAGAACAGGAAGAAGCGUCCGAAAACUACAACAAGCAGUUCUGGGAGCGCCUGCAGGAUGAGUGGCGCACCCUGUCGGAGAGCGACACGCCCCAUCCGUGGCUGUCGGACUUUACCGAUUUCUACGACCCCUACAAAGAGUACAAAUUUGACGAGGAAAAUCCGAUGGCCGAUGUGGAGAAUGCGUUCGAGAAGGGCAAAGCGUUUCUGGCGCAGGGUGAUAUUCCGAGUGCCGUGCUUUGCUUCGAGUCGGCCAUCAAGCAGGAUCCGGAGAAUCCAGAAAUCUGGGAGCAGCUCGGUUUUUCGCAGGCCGAAAACGAAAAAGAUCCAAAUGCGAUCGCGGCGCUCAAUAAGGCGCUCGGGUUCAAUCCGAACAAUAUGCCCGUCCUGAUGGCACUGGCCGUGUCGUACACCAACGAGAGCAUGCAAAGUCAAGCGCUCCGGAUGCUGGUCCGCUGGAUGAAAUGUAACGUGCGGUACGAGGGGCUCGUGCCACCGGAAAUGAUGCAGGCGCAAGCAUCGGGCCCACUCGCCAGUUCGCUGAUCAGUAGUCCAAAUCUGCAAGAGGUGCAGGAUCUGUUCAUCCGAGCCGUACAGCAAUCGCCGAACGAAAUUGACGCUGACAUCCAGGAGGCGCUCGGUGUGCUGUUUAAUUUGUCGUCCGAGUACGAUAAGGCGGUCGAUUGUUUUCAGGCCGCCGUCCAGGUGCGUCCGGAGAACUCGAAAACAUGGAACCGGCUGGGGGCGAGCCUGGCGAACGGAAACCGCUCGGUGGAAGCGGUCGAAGCGUACCAACGGGCGCUUGGCAUACAGCCUGGGUUCAUACGGGCCCGCUACAACGUGGGCAUUAUUUGCAUCAAUCUGAAGGCGUACAAGGAGGCCGCCGAACAUCUGCUGACGGCGCUCAAUCACCAGGCAACAUCCAUUGCCCGCUCGGGGUUGAACGUGUCGUCACCAGCGAACCAAAUGUCCAGUACAAUCUGGACUACGCUCCGUAUGGUGGUGUCACUGAUGGGCCGUCAGGAUCUGCAGCCGGCCAUCGAUGGGCGCGAUUUGGACACGCUCAAUCGCGAGUUUACCAUGAGCAAUGAUUAACGCGUAGAGUUUGGUUGUUGGUCGGGACGAUCGUGCUGACGAUCUGAUCAUAGGUCAGGUGUGUGACAGACCCGCGGACAACAAUUUUUUAGUAGAACAAAUUUACUCGAUCGUAAAGAAAGGUGACGGGGAUUGGGGGAGCUCGGUAGGUUUUUUUACUGGUUUAUUAGCGUUUGAUGUGUCGGGUCGAAUGUAGAAGGUGCGCGUUUGUUUUCUAGAUUUUAUUUGUAUAACAGUAAGCCAGUAGACAAACACAGCAUUCAAAAUUGAAUCGUGCGCCCCUGCUUGGUGAUGAUGGUUGUAAUCGAUAAUUUUUCUUGCUAGGCAGCUAGCCCAAAGGAAUUUGUUAUAAACGUACCUAAGCAUUCACACAUUGAGAACAAAUCAAACCGUGAAGAUGGAAGUGGAAGCGAAGCGUAGCAAAAGUGAAACAAUGCGGACGAUAAAUAUAUA